UGUCAUCGCCAUUUUUGUUAUUUGUCAUUUCGUUGAAUCCGUCGAUUCCUAUUUUCGUAUUCGUAUUUUACUGUAUUUUAGUUUCAUUUCUCGUUAAAAAUUAUAUCUAAAGUUCUAAAAAUUUAUUUAAAUAUAGUGAUUUUUUGUGUGAACAUAAAACUGAAAAUAGCAAAUAAAAUCAAAUUGAAUAUGGAAGUAAAACAAGAAGCUAGUGAGGAAAUUUGUAAAAUAGAAACAUAUAAUGAGACGUUUGAUGGUCCCCUGGCUUUGGAUGCUUUCAAAGUUGAAAUCAAAGAAGAACCCAAGACAGAACCCGCAUUCGAGACAUUUGGAUAUUUAGACUUAUAUGAAUUCCCCAUAAAAACUGAAGUAGAAGAUGAAUGUAAAUUUACACCAUUGGAUGAAAAACAAACAACAAAUGAAGAAGGUAGUCCCCGUCAAGAGGAUAACAAAAUGAAAAUUAUGGAAACUUCAACUGCAGAUCCUUCUCAUAAAGGAAAACGUACUAAGCCUUACAAAUGUGAAACUUGUUUUAAGCAGUUAACUACUGCAAGCCGUUUGAAUAGACAUUUGAGGGUGCACACUGGGAAAAAUCUUAAUAAGUGUGAAAUUUGUUUUAGACAGUUUAGUCAAAUAAGUCAUUUGAAAAGACAUCUGAAAGUACAUACUGGGGAACAACCAUACAAGUGCGAGGUUUGUUUUAAGCGAUUUGGUGAAAUGUAUGGUUUGAAAAAUCAUUUGAAAAUGCACACUAAGGAAAAAUCUUAUGAGUGUGAGAUUUGUUUUAAGCACUUUUCUCUAAAAAAGACUCUGAAAAGACAUUUCAGAGUGCACACUGGGGAAACUCCUUACACGUGUGAGACUUGUUUUAAGCAAUAUACUGACACGUAUGCUUUGAAAAAUCAUUUAAAAUCGCAUACUGGAGAAAAGCCCUAUAAAUGUGAGCUUUGUAUUAAGCAGUUUGCUCAGAAAGCUCAUUUGAAUCUUCAUUUGAAAGUGCACACUGGAGAAAAACCUCACAAGUGUGAAAUUUGUUUUAAGACGUUUUCUCAGAAAUCUAAUUUGAAAAGUCAUUUGAUAGUGCACACUGAAGAAAAACAUUACAAGUGUGAGAUAUGUUUUAAACCAUUCAGUGAUGCAGGUUCUUUGAAAAGACAUCUAAGAGUACACACUGGAGAAAGACGUUACAAGUGUGAGAUUUGUUUUAAACAGUUUAGUGAAGCAGGUCAUUUGAAAACACAUUCAAGAGUGCACACUGGGGAAAAGCCGUACAAUUGUGAGAUUUGUUUUAGGAAGUUUUCUCAGAAAUCUCAUUUGAAAGGUCAUUUGAUAGUGCACACUGGAGAAAAACAUUACAAGUGUGAGAUAUGUUUUAAACAAUUCAGACAAUCAAGUGCUUUGAAAAGACAUCAGAGAGUGCACACUGGAGAAAAACCUUACAAGUGUGAGAUUUGUUUUAAAUCAUUCAUUGAAUCGAGUGCUUUGAAAAGACAUCUGAAAGUGCACACUCGGUAAAAACCUUGCAAGUGUAAAAUUUGCUUUAAACAACUCAGUAAAGCAACAAAAUGUAAACUUCUUAAAAUUAAUUGAUACAAUUUCAACCUAAUGAUAUGAUAUCCGACCACAUUAACAGGAUUAAAAUAACUCCAUAAAAUAUAUUAUUUAGGUGUUCAUAUUCAAAAUGAACUAAUUUAGUUCUAGUCCCCAGUACACCGUCAUUUUGAAAAUGAUUACUUCUUCUUCUUGUCUUUUUUCCUUUUAUGCCUAUUACGGCGUCGGAUUAUGGUCCGUUGUCAAAUGUCAAAUUAGCUUAUUUAUUAUUUAUUGUUUUUAUUAGCGCUAACGUUAUUACCGUCCCUUAUUUCAAGCUAAAUAUAGAGAGAUAUCGCAAAGGCAUUUUUACCGCACGCUAAUAGUGGAAUACCCUAUUUUGACAUGUACGCAAGCGCAGAGUGAAUUUGAAGUUAAUACCGGAUAACGAGUCCCGUUAUUUAGGUCGAAAUAAGGGACGGUAAUAACGUUAGCGCUAAUUUGACAUUAAACAAAAAUAAUUUGUAGAAUACAAAUUUUAUAAACUAAAAAUUGUAAAUCAUCUUGUUUCCUGUGUUAAAUGCUUGUGUUCUUUAAGGCUAAACGGUCUUCUUCUGGUCUUUUCUUUAAACAUUAAUUUCCUAGGUUACAUUUAAUUCCAAACGUCGGUUGUCAUAAUAACGUUAAGCCUCGCCCCAAUACAUUUGCGAUAACUCUCUUGAUGCCCGUGUUGAAAUAGACCGUUAUCUGUUAUUUACUUCUUGACACGUUAUUAAUGUUAACCUUUGCGAUAUCUUUCUAAUAGCGGGAGACGUUAUUCGGUAUUAGCGUAACAUUCACUCUGCGCACAUGUCAAAAUAGCAUAUUCCGCUAUUAGCGUGCGAUAAAAAUGCAUUUGCGAUAUCUCCCUAGGUUACUGUAUUAGUAGAUAUGUUAAUAUCCUGUCCUAUAUACUUUACAAUUAAGUUUUAAAAUAAUAUUGUAUUAAAUAAAAAAUAAACUCUGUCUUCUUACAA